CGACUUUUUUGAAGAAAAUAAAAAAACUAGGUCAGGUACUGAUUCUUAGAAACUCCUCCGUCGCUUGCUAUAAAUACAUAUAUAUCCAUCGUCACCUCCAUUAAUUCCAAACUCACUAUCCGAUAUGUAUAUGAACGUAACCUCCUCUGUUUCUACUGACUCUUACUAUGGCCGUCGUACGAAAGAUUUCGACAGUACAGCCGAUUCCAAAGACUGCUUUCGGUCGCUACCGUCCACCAAUCUUACUCAAUCUCUCCCUUCAGAUUGGUCUGGAAAACGGAAGAGAAGUUCCUCUUCUUCAUUGAAUCAAGAGCUUCUACAAAAAGUUAGCUUUCUUCUUCUGCAAUCUAUGUCCGACGCUUUUAAUGAAACUAACAUAUCAGAAGUUUUACAAGACAUGAUCAAGAGAAGCAAAGAUCUAAACCGGAGGAACGAUGUCGUUUUAAAGGAAGAAGGAGAUAUGUGCAGUGGCUUUUCAGAUACUGAUACUGCAAAUAGUGAGGAGGAUAAGAGGAAGAAGAGAAAGAAAUUGUCAGAAUUAGUUGGUUUGAAGAGUUCAUCUUAUGUGUGUAAAGAAUGUAAUAAAGUGUUUGAUGACUUUAGAGCACUCGGUGGGCAUAUUGCAGCUCAUAACAGGAACAAGAGAGCUGCGGCGGCAGGUGAUGGGGUUGAUUCGAUUUUGGCGGCGGAGGCAGGAGUUUUUGGAGAAGUAAAGAAAUAUGCGUGUAAUUUGUGUUCAAGAAGCUUUACCACAGGUCAAGCCCUUGGUGGACAUAAAACAUAUCACCGGAAAAUUGGGGAUUGUGACGGAGAAGUUGAAGAUGAGGCGGUGUCUGGUAGCCUUGCUACGUCUGAGGAAGAAAAAAAUGCAGUUUUCCUUGCACUUGAUUUGAAUGCACCUCCUCCUUAUGAGAGACCUUGCGGUUCUUAGUUCAUAUGAGGGUUUGAUAGUUAGUUCAGUAAGUACAAGUUCAGUAUUAUCUUUUUUGAGAGAUUUUUAGAAUAAAAUUAGUAACGUGCCCAGCAUUGAAUGGGCACAUUUUGGGAGUAUAUUGUAUUUAUGGCAGCUACGAAUGGUGAGCUCGCCAGUUUGCUGAUUUUGUCCAUACAAAAUGCAUUAUUUCACAGAUACACUUCGUGAGCAACUC